UUAUCCUUUGACCGUGAUGCUUUGCAGAUCUACAGUAACGUCAUGUUUACAUGUUGUACAACAUCAUUUGUUGAUUAAACAGCAAGAAUGAGGUAAAACUCUAUGAAUUGUGUUACAGUGUAAUAAAACUCUUUCUUAAGUAAAAGAUUAGCUACAUGGUGUGACGUGUUACUGUUUGACUUGAGCUCCAGGCUGUAGGGAGUGUUUGAGGUUGUGUGUGCUGUGUGUGUAUGUGUGUGCUGUGUGUAUGUGGCAGAGAGCAUCAGGUGAAGGUUGGUGAGGUAGAGAACAGCACUCCAUUGCUUCCUGCUCCCCCUCCCGCUGCUCUGUAGGUAAAAACACAGUCACAGGAGGUUACGAUUUCAUAGCAACCACUCCGAGAUCCCACCCACCCUAUUCUCCAGCUCAGUGACCGGGGGAGGAGGCAGCAAAACAGGUGCACAGCUAUCCACAGCUUACCUGCUGAGAUGCCAAUGAGUUGCUAAGGUGAGGAGUGGCAUAACGGCAGUCCUUUCCUCCUCUCCGAUGAGUCGCCUCCUCCUUUGGAUUCUAUUAUCUGCUUUUUAUUUGCCAGUGCAGAAAGCAAGAGUGGAUUUCCAAGGCUUCAGGAAUUAAAGCAAUCUGAUAAGGAUUCAGAAACCAAGAGCAAUCUGAUGAGGAUUCGGAAACAAGAGCAAUCUAAAGAGGAUUCAGGAACCAAGAGCAAUCUGACAAGGAUUCAGAAACAAAAAGGUAGUCUUAUGACUUUUCAGGGACCAGUAUUUAUCUGACGAGGCUUGAGGAACAAAGAGAAAAAACUAACCAGGCUUGUGAGUACAUUCUUAACUGUAUCUUCCUCAUUGCUUUCGAGCACAGCAAAGAAACCACCAAAGCGAUGGCAAGUGGGGCACUGGAGAUUGCAGCGCUGUGCCUGACGCUAGUCGGACUCAUUGGUGCGGCAGCGAGCACUGGGAUGCCAAUGUGGCGUGUGACUGCCUUCAUUGGCGAGAACAUCAUUGUAAUGGAGACGCGCUAUGAGGGCCUGUGGAUGAACUGCUUCCGACAGGCCAACAUUAGGAUGCAGUGCAAAGUGUACGACUCCCUGUUGGCCCUGACACCUGACCUGCAGGCAGCCCGUGGCCUCAUGUGCUGCUCGGUUGCCCUAUCCGGCAUUGGUCUUCUCGUGGCCAUCAUGGGGAUGCAGUGUACCGCUUGUAUUCGCGACAAUGACCGGGCCAAACGGAUGGUGCUGAUUGUAGCCGGCUCCAUGAUCAUCCUGGGGUGCCUCUGCUGCCUCAUCCCUGUCUCGUGGACAGCUCACGUUAUCAUCCAAGACUUCUACAACCCUCUGCUUCUGGAUGCCCAGCGCAGGGAGCUGGGGGAAGCACUCUACAUCGGCUGGGUGUCUGCCGCCCUGCUCUUUGUAGGUGGAUGCAUAUUCACCUGCUGCCACAACUCUUUAGAUGAAGAGCCCAAACGGAAGGCUUAUGCUUAUGCAAGAAACGUGCCCUAUGUAGCCUACCAGCCCCAACCGAUGGCCUUCCAGCCCAGACCAGCUGCUGCAUCUUACGGCUACCCCUCCAGUGAGCCUUCCUUCAUCCAGACUUCCAGGCAGCCCUCCAUGAUCCAAACAUCCAGACAGCAGUCCUUCAUCCAGCCCUCCAGGCAGCAGUCCUUCAUCCAGCCCUCCAGGCAGCAGUCCUUCAUCCAGCCCUCCAGGCAGCAGUCUGUCCGCAGUGCUGUUGCCUAUCUGUAAAAGCAAAUGUGGACAGAGUAAAGAUGUAUAGGGACUUACAAUGGACAGAACAUUGACCUGGCAGAGAUAAAUGUACCUAGAUUUACCACAUGGAACUGGACUUUUAUGAAGACUUUAAGACUUCAGACAUUUCUUAGUUUAUAUAUUCAGGUAGAAACAAUUUAAUGUGACCAAUUAAUGAGUAACUGGUUCAUUCUGGUGAAUUGUACAGAUUUCUGGAAUUCUGGAAGAGUCAGACAUUAAUUGCUGUUUAUAAGAGAAUUAGUAUAUGCCUUUUGUGCGUUUCAAGCCGGGCAAGGUGUACUUUUCCCGUUGUUAUAAUAGCAAAGACACACUGACACGUUGGGCUUCCCAAAGAUGGAACCCAUGUUUAACUCCUGAUCCUGAUCACCCAUGGAUAAAACUUGGUCCCCAUAUGUGGAUGUUUUCUGGGCUGUUUCUGCUUUUUUCAGAAUUAAGAAUGUCUUUUUUAUGUUUUUUUAGUCAUGUGUAUAUAGCAGUUGUGUGUGUAUAAAUGAAUAACACAUUUCAAAUGUCAAAAUAAUUUUUGUGUAUAAAUACUACCAAGAUUAAAGCAUUAUGAAAAUUAACAGAGCAAAAAAAUGUUUUUCUGUAUUAACAUUAUGUUAGCACUGAAUUCGUUGGUAAUGUUGAAUUAUAUGUUAAUAAAUGUGUGCUUUAUAUAAAAUAAAAGAAUA